AUGACCGCUUCCGUCUUACGUGAAUCCAUGGCCUUCCAGGUAUCGAUAGAAGCGAAAGACAGUGGAACAUGCGACAGUAGAGGUGUUGGUGGAGUUAGCGUCCUCGUCAAUACGAGUAUGGCAAAGAACAUCGACUCUUUCGAACAACUUACGACCCGAAUCGGACGUCUGCGGAUGAGAAGAUGUGGCCCAACACCUGCUUUGACUAUCUUCGUCGCUUACGCUCCAACAUCAAGCUACGAAGAAGAAGAAGUCGAAGCUUUCUAUAUAGACCUGGAGAAGUUCUACCGAGAAGACCAUGCCUUCUACAAGGACUUAAUUGGCGAUUUUAACGCCAAGACGGGAUCGGACCAUCGCCUCCUCCGAGGAAGAUUUUCCUUCACAAGGAGAGCAGAGAAAGCCGCCAAGUUCAGAGAGAGAAAUCCCAGGACUACCAUCAACUGGGAUCUCUUCGCUACGCUAGCCGGCUUUUGGGAAGAUUCUGCAAUGGACAACAUCGACGAGGAAUAUGACCGGCUUGUCGAACACCUUCAUGACUGCGCGAAGAAGGCUGAGAGUUUUAAAACCACCAGGAGGCGCCUGUCUCUUGAAACUCUUGAGCUGAUACGCCAGCGUGGAGCAGCACGAGCCGCAGGGAACCAAGAACUCACGUCCGAGCUCGCAAGGCUUUGCCGAGAGGCGAUAAAGGAAGACCUUAAAGAGAGAAGAGCAGAAGUGCUGGCUGAAGCUGCAGAGGCGGGGAAAAGCAUCCGCUGUGCCCGUCGAAACUUCGCCAGUCGCAAGACGAGGAUGACUGCUCUCCGGAACCCAAAGGGAACAGCCAUUGCAUCGAGAAGGGGGAUGGAGAAAAUCAUCUACGACUUCUACUCUGAUCUCUUCGACAGCCAUGUCCACUUGCCUCCUCACCAUCUGAGGGAAGAUGGACAAGUCAUUCCAGAGGUUCCUAAACAGUGGAAGACCAGCAAGACCGUGUUGUUGUAUAAAAAGGGAGAUCCACAUGACAUCGGCAACUAUCGUCCAAUCUGCCUACUGUCCGUCAUCUACAAGCUCUUUACAAGAGUAAUCCUUAAUAGGAUUGAAAAAGUCUUGGAUGAAGGACAGCCACGCGAACAAGCAGGGUUUCGAAAAGGAUUCAGCUCGAUUGACCACAUUCACACUGUUUCGAAACUCAUCAAGGUAUCACGAGAGUACAAGAUGCCGCUCUGUCUCACCUUCAUCGACUUGAAAAAGGGCUUCGACUCAGUUGAGACGGAAGCGGUCGUGGAAGCCUUGGACAACCAAGGCGUCCCUACUCAGUACAUAAAGGUACUUCGAGAGUUGUACAGUAACUUCACGACCGGAAUUUCGCCAUUCUACAAGAACACCAUCAUUGACGUGAAGAGCUGGGUCCGACAGGGUGAUACAAUUUCGCCCAAAACAUUCACAGCCACCCUCGAGAACGCAAUGCAAAAGUUGGAAUGGGACGACAUGGGAGUGAAGGUUGAUGGUCGGCAGCUAUACCAUUUGCGCUUUGCUGAUGACAUCGUACUGAUAACACCUAGCAUCAGCCAAGCGGAACUAAUGCUGACCGAAUUCGACGAAACAUGUGGAUGCAUCGGUCUUCAGCUGAAUCUACAAAAGACGAUGUUCAUGCGGAACGGAUGGGUCUCGGAUGCCCCAUUCACGCUCAACGGAACGAACAUAUCCGAAUGCACCAGCUACGUUUAUCUGGGUCGGGAACUAAACAUGAUGAACGACCUGGCCCCCGGGCUGGGCAGGAGGAGACGAGCGGCUUGGGGAGUGUACAAGAGCACCGAGGAUGUAGUGAAGAAGAGCAGGAACACCCGGCUCCGUGCUCACCUCUUGAACACCACCGUACUUCCUGCUUUGACCUAUGCUUCGGAAACCUAG